ACCCUACCUGAUUCCCCCAAUUUUUCCCCCAAUUUGAACCCUAAUUAGAACGAAGAACAGGGAGAGUGAGAGGGAAAGAAAUCUGUAGGAGAAGAACUGGAUGAGGAAAGAGAGGAGGGAGCACGAGAUGAACGAAACCUCAAAUCGGUGAGAACAGAAAAAGGAAGAGCUCGGGAUUUUCUUCAAAAUCGGUAACUUAGAAACUGCUCCUCAUCGUCGUUCGUUCAUCGUCUCUGCGCCGCUCGCAUCAUCGCCGUUCUUCUUCCCCCCUUUUUUGCCUUCGGUUCUAUAUGAUUUUUGGUCUGGGGUUUGCAUCAAGGUUUGGUAUUAGAUCUGGGUUCGAGGUAUGGUGGUAGGGUGAGCUGAUAUGGGUUAAUGUUGUUAAUGAUCUGUUCUCUGUGUCUUAAGUGUGCUGAAAUUAGAAAAUAGAAAUCAAUUUGGAGAUUACCUAGAACUAACAUUCUUGGUUGGGUCUGCUGAAUUUAUUGCUUGUUACCUUUGAUAACUGGGUUCGGGAAUGGUGGGGAAUGGAAUUGAUACAAUCUUGAAUAUGGCUUGGUGUGGGAUAUCGCGGAACAUGAUUUGUGGUCAUUAGCUGGUGCUGUUGGGAUUCACAUGGCUAGGUGUUUGUAGCUAUGAUAUGAAUUUUUCGGUUUAGAAAAUAUGUGCAUGGGAAAGCAUGGAAGCAAACCAAUUCUUCAGGGUCUAACUGGUUAUGCCAAGCCAGGGAAGCUCUUGGCUAUCAUGGGACCCUCUGGUUGUGGAAAAUCUACACUUCUUCAUGCUUUAGCAGGUAGAUUAAGCACAAACACAAAACAAACAGGGGAGAUUCUGAUCAAUGGUAACAAACAAGCUCUGGCUUAUGGAACCUCGGCAUAUGUGACACAAGAUGAUACCUUAAUGACAACCUUAACAGUUAGAGAAGCAGUGCAUUAUUCAGCUAAACUUCAGUUGCCUGAUUCCCUUUCCAAGGAAGAGAAGAAAGAGAGAGCAGAGUUCACAAUCAGAGAAAUGGGACUCCAAGGUGUCGUUAACACAAGAAUUGGAGGUUGGGGAAUUAAAGGCAUUAACGGCGGUAAGAAAAGGCGACUGAGCAUUUGCAUAGAGAUCCUAACUCGCCCUAAACUUCUGUUUCUGGAUGAACCAACUAGUGGAUUGGAUAGUGCAGCUUCCUACUAUGUCAUGAAAAGAAUUUCUACACUGGAUAAAAAAGAUGGCAUUCAGAGGACUAUUAUUGCCUCAAUUGAUCAGCCUAGUUCUGAAGUUUUUCAACUCUUCCACAACCUUUGCCUUCUAUCUUCAGGGAGUACAGUUUAUUUUGGACCUGCUUCUGCUGCAUCUGAGUUUUUCGAUUCAAAUGGUUUUCCUUGUCCUACCCUCCAGAAUCCAUCUGAUCAUUUGCUUAAAACUAUAAACAAGGAUUUUGAGCAGGAUAUUGAGGUGGAUUUAGCUGGGACUAGAACAAUACCCACAGAAUAAGCAAUCCAUAUCCUUCUGAGCUCAUAUAAAUGUUGAAAGGUUUUUUUUACCACUCUACUCUUGAAUCCCUUUCAAGAUUCAAUUGUAGUAUAGUAAAGGGUUUUUAUCGUCCUCAGGGAAUUGGAAUACAAUGCCGUUCUCUAGCUAAAUUACUUAAGCA